AUGCGAGGAACCCGAAGAGGAGCCCACGUGGAGCCAGGAACCCGAAGAGGAGCUCACGAGGAUCCAGGAACCCAAAGAGGAGGCCACAAGGAGCCCGAAGAGGAGCCCACGAGGAGCCCACGAGGAGCCCACGAGGAGCCAGGAACCCAAAGAGGAGCUGACGAGGAGCCAGGAACCCGAAGUGGAGUCCUCGAGGAGGCAGGAACCCAAAGAGGAGGCCACGAGGAGCCCAGAGCCCGAAGAGGAGCUCUCGAGAAGCCAGGAACCCGAAGAGGAGCUCACGAGGAGCCAGGCACCCAAAGAGGAGGCCACAAGGAGCCAGGAAUCCGAAGAGGAGCCCACAAGGAGGCAGGAACCCAAAGAGGAGCUCACGAGGAGCCAGGAACCCGAAGAGGAGCCCAUAAGGAGCCCAGGCUCGGAAGGGGAGUCCACGAGGAGAAGAAAGAGCUGGGAUUCUCGACAAGUGCUGAAGCUGAUUCUCGCGAGACGACACUCUACUUGGUAUUGCAGAUGACAAAUGAUUUUACAGAAAAGGUUAGUUGUUAG